UAGGAGAGACUAACAGUUUCUUAAUUAAUUCUAAAAUACAAAAACUCUUAAAUAACGCAGUACUUUCUCGUUCUUUCUGUUUUCUAGUUUCUUUCAACUCGGUAACGUCCUCACAGAGCACUGAGUGGCUCACUGAGCGAUUCCAUCACGUCUUUUUAGAGUUACAUUUUUGGAUGGAGAGUUCGGACGAGAUUGAGCGAGAGGGAGUCGCAUGGGAUGUGGAGGAGACUAUAUUUGUUGCGGUGGGGAAGAAUGUUGAGAAGAGUAAAACGACGCUAUUUUGGGCGGCUCAGAGCUUUUUAGGGAAGAAGAUUUGCUUGCUUCAUGUUCACAAGCCUGCUCAUGUUGUUGCAUUGGAGGAAAGUAAUUAUACCGUCGAUGAGCUGAAACAGCAUUCAGUUCUGGCAUCUCGUGAACUUGAAAGGCAAAAAGUGCAAGAAAUUCUAAAUCAAUAUCUUCUUAUUCUCAAUCAAUAUAAGGUACAGGGAGAUACCCUAUGGAUUGAGAUGGACAACGUUGAGAAUGGGAUUGUAGAAGUUAUUGAGCGUCACAGUAUUAGAUGGCUUGUUAUGGGGGCAGCAGCUGAUAAAUACUAUUCAAAGGAGCUGGCAGAACUGAAGUCCAAAAAAGCAAUCUUUGUAUGCGAACAAGCACCAAUUUCCUGCCAUAUCUGGUUUGCUUGCAAGGGGCACCUUAUCUACACAAGAAACAGGGUAGGUACUGAAGAUAGCUUGGAGCUAGAAAUUGGCCCCGCACUCCAGUUGUUGAAUUGGGAAGUAGAAACAAAGCAAUCAGAGCACUUGAACUUGCGUUCCCUUAUACAUACACUUAGUUCUCCAGAUGCAGAGGAAGAUGCCGUUGAAUUUGAAGAAACUGCUUGUUGUUCAGUACAGUCAAGUUGGGAUGCUAGCAGCUUGUUUGGCACUUCAAAAUCAACCCCAUUGCUCACAGAUGAGGAAGAUAAAUCUCAAGGACAAGCAACUAGUGUAGUUUCUUAUAGACUAGAACAAGCCAAAAUGGAUGCUAAGAAAUCAAAGCAGAUAAUAUAUGAAGAGAGAGUCAAGCGAUGGAAAGAGGAAGAUGAAGCUGUGGAGGCUAACUGCGAGGUCGAAGCAUCACAAGGCUUAUCUGUGAAGGAGAUGAGCCAAAGAAAAGAGUUAGAAGAAUUACUGGCAAGAGAACAGCAAGAAGUAGAAACAGUGAAAAAUCAGCAUGAUAAAGUAGUGAAAGAACUGCAGAUUGUCAAGGGCCAGAAGUCAUUACUUGAGAGCCAACUUGCUGAGUCUCAUUGUAUGGCAAAGGAGCUAGAAGAGAAAAUCAUAUCUGCUGUGGAACUUUUAAUAAGUUUUAAGCAAAAACGGGAUGAGCUGCGGAUAGAAUGUGGAAAUGCAAAAAGAAGGGUUAAUGUGUUACAAAAACCCGUAAAAAUAGAAGCUGCUAGUUUUUGCAGGCCAGGUCUCCUUGAAUUCUCUUUCAUGGAGGUAAAUGAGGCUACUAACAAUUUUGACCCAGCCUGGAAGAUUGGAGAAGGAAGAUAUGGAAGUGUUUAUAGAGGGGUUCUUUGCCAUUUGCACGUUGCUAUAAAGAUGUUACCAUCUUAUGGCUCUCAAAGCUACUUGGAUUUCCAAAAUGAGGUGGAGGUUUUGAGCCGAGUGAGGCAUCCAAACCUAGUAACGCUAAUUGGAACUUGUCCAGAAUCUAGGUCCCUUGUUUAUGAGUACCUCAGAAAUGGAAGCCUGGAAGACUUCCUUGCCUGUAAAGAUAAGAUUGCUCCACUGGCAUGGCACACUCGUAUACAGGUUGCCUCUGAAAUAUGCUCUGCCCUUAUCUACCUUCACUCCAAUGAACCUUGUAUUAUCCAUGGGAAUUUAAAACCCUCUAAAAUCCUCCUUGAUGCAAACUUUGUCAGCAAACUUGGUGACUUGGGCAUAUUUCGUUUGAUACCUCGAGGUGAAAGUACUGAUAGGUCCACUGCAUUAUCUAAUGAAUCCCACAUUAAUGAAACCUCUGAGUAUAUGGAUCCAGAAUAUCUAGAAACAGGAAAACUUACUCCAGAGUCAGAUGUGUACUCGUUUGGAAUUAUACUGUUACGACUUUUGACAGGGAGACAUGUUUCGAGAAUAAUGAAAGAUGUAAAAUGUGCAUUAGACAAGGGAAAUUUCAAUACAGUGUUGGAUUGUUCAGCUGGGGACUGGCCACUUGCAGAAGCCAAACAGUUGGCUCACUUGGCAAUGAGGUGUUGUGACAAGAAGUUCAAUCGACCAGACCUUGCAUCAGAGAUAUGGACUGUGCUUGAGCAAAUUAAGGUUUCAUGCAUUGUCCGAGCAUCAUACUCUAGUUCAAAGGAGCCUCGUCGAAUUCCCUCACAUUUCAUGUGUCCCAUUUUUCAGGAAGUCAUGAAAGAUCCACAUAUAGCGGCAGAUGGUUUCACUUACGAAGGAGAUGCAAUUAGAGGAUGGUUAAAGAGCGGCCAUGAUACUUCACCAAUGACAAAUUUAAAGCUUGAUCACUGCAAUCUACUCCCUAAUUAUGCCCUUCAUCAGGCAAUUCUAGAGUGGCAGCAACAUGGGUGAAACUUCUAUCUGAAUUUUGUUUUAUACUUCAUUCUUGUGAUGAUUGAUUUUGCCAAGCAGCGGAGAUACAAAACAGUGGCCAUAAUACUUCCUUAUACGGCAUACCCAGUCAAUUUAAUAUACUUGAUGUACAAAGAUUCAAAAUAUAGCUCAUAAAGAAUUUUUUUUUUUU